AUGGCGACCGAAUUGACAGUUCAGUCGGAACGAGCCUUCCAGAAGCAACCUCACAUCUUCCUCAACAGCAAAUCGAAAGCCGCGAAGAGCAAGAAGAUUGGAAAGGGUGGACGAAGAUGGUACAAGGAUAUCGGUCUCGGCUUCAAGACGCCAAAGGAGGCAAUCACUGGUUCAUAUAUUGACAAGAAGUGUCCCUUCACCGGCAUGGUCUCGAUCCGAGGACGAAUCCUUACCGGCAAAGUCGUAUCUACAAAAAUGCAUCGAACCCUCAUCAUCCGUCGAGAAUAUCUCCACUUUAUCCCUAAAUACGCUCGAUACGAGAAGAGACAUUCAAACCUUGCUGCGCACGUCAGCCCAGCAUUCCGUGUGGAGGAUGGAGAUACAGUUACCGUUGGACAGUGUAGACCGCUGAGCAAGACGGUACGAUUCAACGUUAUCAAGGUGCUGCCAAAGACAGGCAAAGCCGUGAAGCAGUUUAGCAAAUUUUGA